UCGUCGAGCUCGUUCUCUCGCUUCCGAGCGUUCUCAUGCGAAGCCCCGCGCCAUGAGACGAUGGAAACCGGCGCUCUCUCCGCACUACAAAACGAAGCGGCACGAAAGAGUCGUCGCCGAGUCCUGCGCCCUCGAAUCCUUCAAGCUUAAACUCGGCGCCGACCCCGAACCCGGCGCCGACUCCUUCGUCUCCCUCCUCACCGACUCCUUCCGCGCCUACGACUCCGCCCCGACCCCCGCCGCGUACUCCUUCGCCCUAUCCCACCUCUUCCGCCACCCUCACCUCCUCGGCUCCCACCUCCCCCAGAUCCUCUCCCACCUCGAAUCCUCCGACCAAUCCCCCACCCCGGAGGCCAUUUUCCUCGAUUUGAUCCGCAAUUUCGGUAAAUUCGGCUUGAUCCGCGAGGCCCUCGACGUGUUCUUCAAAAUCCCCCGUUUACGGUGCGCGCCCACUGCGAAAUCACUAAAUUUGUUGCUGGGGAUCCUGUGUAGGCGAAAGGAGGGCCUUUUGUUGGUCAGGGACGUGCUAUUGAGGUCCCCGGAGCUGAAUAUUCGAAUCGAGGAGUCCACAUUUAGGGUUCUUGUUAGGGCACUUUGUAGAAUUGGGAAGGUGGGCUCGGCGAUCGAGCUUAUGCGUCUGAUGCCGCUUCACGAGUGCGAGCCCGAUGCAAAGAUGUAUUCUUUGGUGCUUCGAACGAUUUGUAAGGAGCUGGGCUCCGCGGAGGCCGUGGAUUUCUUAGAGGAAAUGCGGAGUGUCGGUUUCGUGCCGAGUGUGCCGGAGUGUAAUGCGGUGAUCGGGGCGCUUGUUAGGGAUGGGAAGGUGAAUGAUGCUUAUUUUGUUCUCAAUCAGAUGAUUUUUGAUGGGCGGAGGCCGGAUGUCGGUAGCUAUAAUAUGGUUCUUAGUGGGUUAAGUUCGAAGGGAAAUUUUAAAGAGGUUGAUGAACUGUUCGAUGAAAUGCUUCUGACGGGUACUGUGCCGGAUAAGUUUACUUACAACACCUACAUUGAUGGGUUGUGUAAGCGAGGGGAUUUUGAAAGAGCUGGUAGAAUGGUUGAGUGCAUGGGGAGAGUAGGGUGCAAUCCUGAUAUAGAGACCUAUAACAUACUAAUUGCUGGGUAUGUAAGGGUUAGUGAGAUAAGGAAAGCAAGGGAGGUGAUGAAUGAAGUGCGUGAGAAUGGAAUUAGAUGGAAUUCGCAUACUUUUAGAAUUUUGAUUGAUGGGUUAUGUUUGGAAGGUCGAAUGAUGGAAGCAUAUCAGUUGUUUUUGGAAAUGCUGAGAGAGGGGUGCGAUCCGGGGCCUUCGAGUUUUGAUCGUCUAGUAUGCGGCUUGUGUGAGAAAGGGCUUUUCUCCGAAGCAAUUCAAGUUCUCAUGGAGAUGGUCGGCAGGUCUUAUGCUCCCGAUGCCAGGUCUUGGACAGCUAUCCUCGAGGGACUCGAAAUGAGUUCAAAUUUAUCUAACACCUGUCUUUGUCUGGUUUAUGGAGCAACUUCUCUACCCCAGAAAGCAGAAGCUUCCAAAAAUGAGGCAUUUUGCAAACAAGAACUGAAAGAUGUUGAGGAGGAAUUACAAAAAUAUUGUUGAUGCUAUUUUGAAUAGCUCUCUACUCAAAAGAAACACCAGCAGAGCUAAAGAGGCCUCAAGUUUUCAAGGAAUGGCUUGCAUGGCUCAACCUAUCUUAUUCUGAAGAUAACUAUAUUUGGCUUCUGCCAGCUUGUAGAUUGAAAACAUAUGAUGGAAGCAUGGUCGACAUGCUAUAGUACGGAAAGAGUAUGUAAAGUGCUGCUAUCUGCAUUGAGUAGUUUGACAUGCCAGUGAUGUAGAAAUGCUUGGCUCUGUAAACUUAAGCUGUUUAUAUGUGAAGGCAAUCCGAUGGCAGUUAAGAACAUUUGAUUUGUAGGUCCUGGAAUUUGUUUGCUACGAUGAUGUAACAAUUCGAGCUCUUGUUGUUUCUGAAGCGUCUUAAACGAAUGAUAUCUUCUGAGUGCUAAGAAAAGCAUCAGAAUGAUGUUCCAACAGCCCAAAAAGGCAUUUGGUUGUUUGGGGGGUGGAAGUGGCUGAAAUUAAUAGUUGUACCCUCGGAGGCUUGACAGUCAUAUAAUAGAGACUAAAUAUUGAUUGACUAGUGUUUUUUGACAGAUUAGGUUCAGAGGCUUUUCUGUUUCAUCAUUCGGUUUGUUUAAUAUACUUUGGAUCUGACUUUGAUGUCAUGGUAUAAGAGAACAAAAUUCGGUUGCUCUGUACAUUAUAAUUUCUCAUAUAUAUUGUCCCUAAUGCAGCAAGUGUCUCACAUUUAGAGUGUUUUACUGCUUCAGUCC